UCCAAUUCUUCUUCUCCCUUUUACGGACGAAGAGGAGCAGAGCGAACAGGGGAGCUCGGGGAGAAAUUCCAAAGCUCAAAUUCUUGAGCUCUAGUGAUCCAAAAUCCCGUAAGUAAUGCCUAAUUUAUUUAUACAUUGUAGUUUAUCGAUUUACAGCUUUAAAACGAGUUUUUAGUUCAGGAAUUUCUGAAAUUUCCAAUAAGCCAAAUUAGGGUUUCGGAGUAUCCGGAAGCCGGAUUGAGCCCAAAUUUCAUAUACGAGCUUCCUGCAACGAGGUCAUUAAUCCUCUGGUUCUAAUCCUUGAAUUUUGUCAAUUAUUUAGGUCGGGUCCAAACCGCUAAAUUUAGCUCCGGCAAGGGUUUGAUGUGUUUUUAUCAAGAAUUUGACCCGGAGCCUAGAACUAAUAUUGACGGGGAUACUGCAGGGGAUAUUAGGACGGUCUCGAAUUUUAAUUCGGGGUUCGUUCGUGAAAUGACAUUUUAGUAAGGGAAGGUUAAACAGGUGUUUGAACGAUCAGAACUGGUGAGGGAUUAGCACGCAUACCGGGUUUGUCGUAUCACGAUAAUUAUAUUGAUGCUUAUAAUUGACCUAGGUGAACUAGAAUGGCACGAUUAGGGGUGUAUGGACUUUUGUUCUAUAUGAUGAACGCUGGACUGAUGUAUGAUAUUAUUGACUUGCCCUCAUCGAUAUGGACCUUGUUUAUGUUGAUGAUUGCAUACAUGUUGCCAUUUGUGGCUUAACUGUUGAUAUGACUUCAUGGUUGUUCGAUAAGGUGUUUUGACGUGGGGUGAUAUUAUGGUUGUAUUUGGAUCCAUAAGUGGGGAAAUUACUUCCCAGGGUGAUAUUAUGAUGUUUAAGGAGGAUGACUUGCACGAGGGUUCAUCCCGAGGAAGUGAAAUUAUACGACUCCUGUUUUACCUAUGUUAAGCCAAGUAUGGCCAGGUCAAGUACAUGUGCAAGUAACGAAUUAUGAUUAAGCAAGAUGAGAUAUGGAUCCUGUAUAAGGAUACCAAGUAAGAGUACUUUGGUCUCAUGGUCAAUUACAUAGUAAUUAGGGCUCCCCAUGCUAUUACUCCGUUAUGAUAUGUUAUGUCACACCCUUGAUGCGGUGUUGACCGUUGAUUCAUCAUGAGAUAUGACCACACCCAGAGUGGUGUUGAGUCUGAUAUGACCACACCCAGAGUGGUGUCAGGUCUGAUAUGACUACACCGGCAAUGGUGGGUCCGAUAUGACCACAUCCACGAGAUGUUUGGUCCGUAUUCCCGGGAGAGUAAUUAGCAUGGGAGUAGCCAGGCGCCUAUGCUUAAAACAUGAUCAGAUGCAUAUGCAUAAGUCAAGGUGGUUGAAUUUUAGAUGUAUGAUAGGGAUAUGCUCUGUUAUGAACUCACGAUGCUAUGAUUAUUUCACUCAGCUAUGAGCUGACCCUCUUUUAUUCUUCUUCUCUGCUUAUACUAUGUGUAAACAGAUCAUCAUCAGCAGCAGUAGAUAAGUGUUAGGUGGGAGAGGAACUAGAGUUGAAGCCAGGAUGAGGUAUGGUCUUCAACUAUUCUGUGCUUGGAAUACUACUCGGGAUUUUGGCCAAUGAUCCACACCUUUUUGUAAAAUUGUUUCGAGAACGUUUUUCAUGUGCAUACUAGCUUCUGAUGGGGUGUGAGAUAUCCACAGGUGUGGAAGUUGAAAUGUAUAUAUUUGUAUAGUAGUGUAGGUUGUGACGACUAUGACAUGUAUUAGUAAGGUAUACAGUUGUGGAGUAUGAAAUUGUGACUAUGGCUAAGAAAAGCCAAUGCAUAUGGUUGUGAGUAUAUAUGUUUGUGAUGAAUUAUUUUGCAGGAUAAGUUGCAAGAACUCUUAGCCCAUUACGCGAGUAAUUCAUGUCAAAAUUUUAUUUGGGUAAGUUUUGAUAAUUAAUGUAACACCCGAGAUUAAUUCCGCUGCAAUUGUAUGAACAAUAUGAUUAGGCAAAACGUAUAGGGUAGUGUGUUACAGUCAGCGAGCAGAGGAGAAGCGUAUACCCUGGAUAGCUAGAGAAAAUCUGAUCUUGCCGAAGAGUGAAGGCGGGAUUGGCUUCUGGGACCUAAAAGGUUUCAAUAAAGCCCUUCUUGCUCGACAGCUUUGGAGUAUCUAUAGUAGUCCACAGUCACUCAUUGCACAUGUCCUAAAGUCUAAAUAUCAUAAAAAUGUGGAUAUCCUGGAUGCUAGGGUGGGGUAUCAGCCAAGCUAUGUAUGGAGAAGUCUAAUGAGCGCGCGGGAGUUUCUCGUCGAUGGACUGCGAUGGCGAAUAGGUAACAGAACAACAGUUCGCAUUUGGGGUGACUGUUGGGUACCCUUGGCUCCAUGAUUUAUUAUUCAUUCUCCCCCGAUGGGUUUGCCGGUUGACUUGGCGGUACUCGAGCUGAUAGACGAGGAGCAGGAGCAAUGGGAUAGGGUCCUUCUAGAAAGCUGAUUUCCAACCUCAAUGGUGGAAGCCAUUGCCCGGAUUCCAUUACGCGGCUCCCUCGAAACGGACAGGUUGAUCUCGGCCGACAGCAGGGAUGGGGUGUAUACUGCUCGUGACGGAUACAGAUGGUGGCUAAAGGAAACUCGACUUGAGCAGGGACAUUCUUCAACUGGUGACCUAGUACUAUAGAAGAAGUUGUGGGGAAUGAUGGUACCUCCUAAGGUCAAACACUUCAUGUGGCGUUUCGCUAGGGACUCUCUGGCAACGGGGGAUCAUGUGAUAAUCCGGAAUGAGAAUAGGGGGGACAGAUGCCCGUUUUGUGAUGGGAAGGAGACACAAGUACAUGCUUUCGCACAGUGUGCAUGGGCGAGCUGUUUAUGGCCCAAAUCUCUGGUGGCUCAUUGCUUCGAGAUGAGAGGGGAAGCCUUAAGUAUGGGAUGGGUGUUGAAAGUGGCGAUGACGGUUUCUGAAAGGGAGCUUGAUGAGUGGAGUAUGAUGCUAUGGAUGAUAUGAAAAGAGAGGAACGCCCACAUGUUUAACGGGGCAAAGUUGGCUGAGGAAGAUAUAGUUCCACGAGCAACAUCUUUGCUGGACGAAUAUCAACAACACCAAGCUGCUCUACACCCACCGCAACAUAACACCGUUGGGCGCCACUGGGGGAAGCCUAUUCAGGGGAAGGUGAAGCUUAACACAUAUGCUGGAGUGUGUGAGGAAGGGGGCAGACUUGGGGUGGUGGUUAGAGACGCCGAGGGCAGGUUUCUGAUGGCGGUAGCUAAGAGAGUACGAGGUGAACAAAAUCCGGAAUUCGGAGAAGCUCUGGCGGCCGAGUUAGGACUACAACUCGUGAGACAACACCAACUCGGUUUGCCCAUUCUGGAGAUGGAUUGUAAGGCGGUGCUGAACAGAAUCCGUGAGGUGAAUAGGGAUCAAACAAAGCUUGAAGUAAUCUGUCGGAAUAUCAAGCGACUUCUUGAAGAUCUGGGAGAUGGAGGUUGCAGGCUUAUCUACCGAACGGCGAAUGAGGCGGCACACAUAAUGGCACAUUUGAAAACGAGAUGGAACAAGACCGGGAUUUGGUUUUGACAGACCCCCGAUGAGUGUAAUUGACCAGCUGAAGCUGGAUUCUGUAAUGGCUUCUCAUUCGUAAUAAAGCCUAGAGCAGAUU